AUAGUAUGAAUUUUAAGUGAAAUCUGCAAUAACUGAAUGGCAGGCCGAGUUAAAAGCCCAAGGAUCUAAAAAGGAACGUCAAACCAUCAGUAUCUUGCCUGUGACGGCCGACCUAGUGUAGGAUGCUGUUUGAAUUAUUCCGAAAUGAGUGUUUGGAUAAACGAUUAUCAAAACAAAAAAUCAGAUCAGUAUUUCAGAAAUUGCAUACACCAGUAGAUAACGAAUUUUGAACGCUUAUUAGCGUCUCACGCCUAAGACAGAACGACUCUUUCAAUUUGUUUAUGUGCAUCAAUCAUUCAAAAGCUUUUUGUUCUUGUUUUUUAAGAUCAAAUUAAUCAUGAAACUGGAAUCGAGUUCAAGUUUACUUGUGACCGUGGCAACAACACUGUUAACCGCCGUUGUGAUCAAUGGAAAGACGCUUAUCACAAAACCUGAUUUUAUAACACAGUGCCGUACGGAUGAUUUGGAGUUCAAUCGAUGCUUGGGAAGAAAUUUUCAAGCAUUUUUUACAGAAUGGCAAGAAGGUUUGCUCAGUCCAAAAUACGUUGGCGACUUAGAUCCGUUGUUUGUUAAACGAAUUAGUAUCGAACAAGAUCUCAGACAUCCCGUCUCGAUGAAUGCAAAUCUUCACAAUCUUGAAGUGAAAGGCCUGAAAGAAACACGCGUUGAAAAUGUAAGUUUUGAUUUGAACGAUUUACUUGCCAAGGUGACAUUGGUGGUGCCUAAAUUAAAUAUUCAUUCUGAUUACACAAUUACUGGCCGAAUUUUGAGUUUGGCCUUAAACGGAAAUGGAAAAGCAUUUAUAAGGGCUGAGCAUGUUGAAAUCAAGUUACUUAUUCGUUUUAAAUUACGCGAUGAAGACGGCCUGACAUUCAUGGAUAUUGAUAAACUACAUGCGGAAAUUAAAGAAGUUGGUGGAUUCGGAAUACGUUUGGACAACCUCUUCCAUGGACAAAAAGUUUUAGAGGAGAGUGCUCACGUUGUGUUCAAUGAAAAUUGGCACGAGUUCUAUGAAAUAUUACGACCUGCCAUCAAAUCAGCCAUUGAGAAUAUUGUAACCGAACGCCUAUCAAAGAUAUUUGCUAAUCUGCCAGCCACGUUCAUAAUCGGCGAAUUACCAACGGCUGCUGAAUUUUAUGGUUAAUAUUUAAGAAAAAGAGUUAUGUAUAUAGAUAUUGUUAGUUGUUUUGUUGAUUUAGUUGUAAAAUUGAUGGGGACCCCAAAAACAUUGCACGUCACAGUAAUGUUAUUCAUUAUAUACAUAUGUUGGUAUAGAAUUGU